AUUUUCGAUAAUAUCGACGGGUGCGUUAUGAUGAGCUACCGUAGGGUUGCGGAGAUUAUGUGCACAACGACCGAGAUCUAAGCACCAUAUUUUUUUGUGCACCUUUUCGCGUCCAUCUUGCGCAGAAUGAGUACGUGAAGCCGCGAGAGCUACAAGCCUUGAAAGACACAUGGGGAGGAGAGCAGGCCGUGUUGGCGCAACUACGGAAGCUGUUGCAAGUUGCGUCUGCUCUGACGUUCGCAGUUCGUUCGCCGUCCUUCAAUGAGGCUGAACGCAAGAAGCUCAUGGAGCAUGCCCGGGACACGGUGGGGGUGUAUGAGGAAUUGGUAGGGAGGGGAGGCGUGAGGAAAACCGUGCACUCUGCUCUGCACUACGUCCAGGCCAUUGAAGACCAUGGCGACAUGCCUGAUGCCAGCACGGGCGAAGCUGCGCACCAAAGGAACAAGAAGGUCAACCAUUCUAACAGCGACCGCAACGCCGCGGCGCACUACGCGCGCCGGUUUAACAUGAACCUCGCCAUCGACGCUCUUGCUGAAGAAAUUCCGUGGGAGGUCACCAGAUUCGACCGCAGGUCGAAGAAAUAUAUAGUGGAGACCGUCAAGGCUGGUUCCGGCUGCUCUGCGGUGCUGCGGUCGUUGGGUGAUGUUCUGCCGGGGGGGUUGUCUUGCGCCCCGACGGACGCUCGCGCCGCUAGCACCCCAACGGCUGCUCAACGUGCUGCUUAG